AUGCAGGAACCGGAGCCGGAGCGGGGGGUGCCCAGUGCGGCCCCAGCGCAGCCGGGAACUGGGCAAAGCGGUGCCCCGGCAGCGGGCGAUGCCACCCCUGCGGCCUCCGCCUGUCCGCAGCUGGGCACUCCGAAAGGCGUCGGGGGUGAAGGGGACAGAGCGAGCUGUCAGCCGACCCCGGGACCGGAGGGGACCGGAGUACCCCAGCCCCAGGAAGAGUCCCCGGGGACCCCGCGCUGCCCCCCGGCAGACCAGCAGCGGGUUCGCUCCGCUCCGGAGCUCGUUAGGCCGCUGCGAGCGAUGGAAGGGCUCGGACGGGACCGGCAGGACCGACCCCCCCAGUGUGGGGCUGACUAUGGCUCCCUGCUGAGCCAGAACACGAAGCUGCUGAGUGCCCUGGAGAACCUGCAGCACCGCUGCUCCAGCCUGGCCGAGGAGAACAGCUUGCUGCGCAGGAGCUGCUUCCCCCAGACAGAGGAGAAGGUGAAGCACCUGAAGAGGAAGAACGCAGAGCUGGCUGUGAUUGCCAAGCGCCUGGAGGAGAGAGCUCGCAAGCUCCAGGAGGCAAACCUCAAAGUCGUCACUGCUCCAAUGCCUCUGAAGGGCUCCAGCCUGGAGCUGUGUAAAAAAGCCUUUGCCCGCCAGCGUGCCAAGGACCUGACCGAGCAAGCCAGCGCUCUCCUGGCCAAGGACAAGCAGAUUGAAGCUCUGCAGCAGGAGUGCAGGCAGCUGCAGGCCAAACUCAUCGCAGGGAAGGAUGACCCUCGCUGCCGGAACGUCAUCGAGUUUGAUCGGCUGCUGCGGGAGUCCCAGCGAGAGGUGCUGCGGCUGCAGAGACAGAUCGCCCUGAAGAACUUCAAGGAAUAUCUACGUGCCUCUAAAAUCCCUUCAGGAGGAGCUUUGCCCAGUGCUCCUGCACGCUUGGGACCACCUGUGCCACAGCUAAAUACCUGCAUCAAAGCUUCACCCUUGCUGAAGGCGGCUCGCUUGGGAGGGGAAGCACACAAAGAGGUGGAACCAAAUGUGCAGCCUCUGGGACCUGCCUCUGAAGGACAUGAGAAUUUCCCUCCCAAAAAUGCAGUAACAGACCAAGAGAGCAGCCAUCAGAUACAGCAGCUGGAGUUUGAACUCAAGAAAAAGCGCAAAAAAUGUGAAAACCUUGAGCAUGAAGUGAGGAAAAAGCAUAAAAGAUGCAAAGAGCUGGAGAUCCAGCUGCAGGAGGUCCAGAGUGAAAAUGCACGACUGGCUGAGGAGAACUUGCAGCUGAACGAGAGGGCUGGAUGGGCAGGGCAGGUUGAGUCUGAGAAUGCUGACCUGAAGCUGCAGGUUGUUUUGGUGACCAAGGAACGGGAUUCAGUAAUUCAGACGAACCAAGGACUCCAAACCAAGCUGGAGAAUCUAGAGCAGGUGCUGAAGCACAUGAGAAAUGUGGCUGAGCGCCGGCAGCAGCUGGAAAUUGAGCACAAGGAGGCCCUGCUAGUCCUGCAGGAGAAGCAGGAGGAAGUCAGACGCUUGCAGCAGGCACAGGCGGAGGCAAAAAGAGAACAUGAAGGAGCAGUACAGCUUCUGGAGAGUACUUUGGAUUGCAUGCAGGCUCGGGUGAAGGAUCUAGAAGAGCAAUGUCGCAGUCAGACGGAGCAGUUCAGCCUCCUGUCCCAGGAACUCAAACAAUUCCGGCUCCAAACAGGAAAAAUCGACCUUCUCACCUCUACUCUGGUGACCUCUGAGCUUCCUCAUGCUCUGUGCAGCUCUUCCCCACAGCCCCACUGGGAGAAAGAAUCGACUGCUCCUGGAUUUCUUGCUCACCAGAGCACAAAGAAGGUUCACAAUGGAGAGGGUGAUGAGUUGGAGUCCUCACAGCUGGUGUCUGAUGCUGCUGGUGGUUCCCCAGUUGCUGCUCCCAGUUCUCAGAAACAAGCCAAGAAACUGGAAUCUCAGUCAAACUCCUCAAAAUCAGAAUCCAUGCAGAACAGUCCAAAAUCCUGCCCAACCCCAGAGGUGGACACUGCAAGUGAAAUGGAAGAGCUGGAUGUUGACAGCAUCUCCCUGAUGCCAGAGCCAGGCAGCCAAGGCCCUGCAAAGCUCCAGGUGUUCUUAGCUCGGUACAGCUACAAUCCUUUUGAUGGACCUAAUGAAAAUCCAGAGGCAGAGCUUCCACUGACUGCUGGAGAAUAUAUCUAUAUCUAUGGAGACAUGGAUGAAGAUGGCUUCUUUGAAGGGGAGCUGAUGGAUGGCCGGCGAGGGCUGGUCCCCUCCAAUUUUGUUGAGAGAGUUUCAGAUGAUGACCUCAUGACGUUUCCGCCUUCGGAGCUGAAUGAUCUCACCCAUAGCUCCUACCAGGAGAAAAGUUUUGUCAGUGCAAGCACCAGCAGUGGAGAUAAGAGUGAUUUCUCCAUUGAAGAGAGUAGCAUCAGUCCAUUGGCCAGUAGAGCAGAAGGAGACCAGGAGGAACCUGUUAGUCAUACAGCAGUGCCUUACCCAAGAAAACUGACUUUGAUCAAGCAGCUUGCCAGAAGCAUAGUUGUAGGCUGGGAACCACCAAUUCUGCCAGCUGGCUGCCCAGAUGUGCAAAGCUACAACAUCUACGUGGACGAAGAGCUACGUCAGAACGUCAAGAGCGGCCUCCAGACCAAGGCAGUGAUUGAAAAGCUGGACUUGAAGAGCCGGUCCUACCGGGUGUCCGUGCAGGCGGUGACGGAGCGAGGCCGCUCCGACAAGCUGCGCUGCACUUUCUUUGUGGGGCAAGGCCUUGGUGCAGCACCAACCCUGCUGAAGGUCAGGAGCGUCACGGCCACCUCGGCAGAAGUCACUUGGCUGCCCUGCAGCAGCAACUACAGCCACGCCGUGUUCCUCAACGGGGAGGAGUGGGACCUGACCAAGCCCGGGGUCUACUGGUACAGCUUCCGCAACCUGCAGCCCAGCACUCAGUACGUGGCCAAGCUGGAGGCCAGGCCCUCGCAGACACCCUGGGAGGAGGUCCCAGAGGGGCAGGAGCAGAACUCAGCUGUGAUACACUUCACUACCCCACUAGCAGGCACACCUGAUGCUCCUCUGGAUGUCCAGGUAGAAGCUGGUCCCUCACCAGGUAUCCUGGUUAUCAGCUGGUUGCCUGUCACCAUCGAUGCUGAAGGAUCUUCCAACGGGGUUCGGGUCACAGGCUACGCCGUGUACGCGGACGGACAGAAGGCAAUAGAAGUGACUUCUCCAACAGCUGGGAGUGUCCUGGUGGACUUGUCCCAGCUUCAGAUGUUCCAGGUGUGCCGGGAGGUGUCUGUGAGGACGAUGUCUCUCUAUGGGGAGUCAGUGGAUUCAGUUCCAGCCCAGAUUUCCUCGGUCCUUCUGCGAGCCUCUCAGCGCCCUUCCCCGUCAGAUUCUGCUCUCUCUACCACUUUUACCUCCAGACUGCCCAGGAGCUCUCUGCCUGCAUGCAGCCCAGCCACACGCCUGCCCAGACAGCAAGUUCCCUCUGAAAGCUCAGAUGCCAAAUUGACUGAUCCCUCCUCCAGCCACCACGGCUCGGCACCAGUGCUGCCAGAGACAGCCUCUUCACCACCACACCUCUCCUCUCCCAGUGCUUCCUUGGUGCAGGCUGUAGGCACUGCCCCACAAGGAUUGGAUGCUGCACAAGACAAGAAAUGCCUGACUGUGCCUCCUCAGCAAGCUGGCAGCACAGUGCCCCCCAGGCAGGGCAUGGAGCCUUCAGGAGAGGCAGAACUGCAAGGCCUGGGUAAAGGGCUGAAGGUGCAGGUGGAGCAAUCUGUAACCAAAGCAGCAGAGCUGGAAGGCUCAUCUCACAGUAGUCUGAAGAUGUCUGUGGGGACCUGCCAUGCAUGCUCUGUGGAAGAGACACCAAAAGGCCCCAGUGCUGAAGGAGAGAAAGAGGCAAAGGAGAAGCACUUGAGCCCAGAGCCUCUGCCCUCCCCCAGCCAGGCUGAGGGGUCAGAGGGCACCUUCCAAGACUCAAGCACGGGUGGGAGCAGCUGCCAGGAGUUCCUGAAGUUGUCCCCUGGCAAGGAGGUGAUAAAAGAAAUGUCCAGAGUGAAGAGAGAGCAAGAAGAAAAGAUUUCUGAGAUGGGAAGGCGGCAGCUGACCCUCUUUGCUGAGCACAACCGGAGUUCUGACCUGUCGGAUAUUUUGGAGGAGGAGGAGGAGGAGGAAGAAGAAGAUGAACUGUCUUCAGAAGCUCUGGAUGAGAAGAAAUGGGACCAGAGAGAUUCAGGUUACCAGGAGAACGGGGAAAAGAUGGAUCUUUGUGAUACUGACAGCGAUGAGGAGAUUCUGGAGAGGAUACUAGAGCUGCCACUGCAGAAGACCCACAGCAAGAAACUCUUUAGCAUCCCUGAAGUGACUGAGGAUGAGGAUGAAGAUGAGGAUGAGAAGUGUGUUACAGAGGAAAAGGCAGACCCUCAGGACUGCUUGGGAACACAGAGCCACCAUUCAGGAGGGACAGAGAAGCUGCUCAACAUCAAGGAGCCAUUUCAGAAGGCAGAAGGGAGUAACAGCUGCACAGAUCCGUCUGCCCUGGCUCCACGGGAGGAGCACGGUGCUAAGGAGAGCAGAGGGGAUGCUGACCAUGCAAACCCUGCCUUUGCCCACCUGGCCUGGAGUCAGAAGAAGGCAAACUGGGGCUACCAGGAGAAUGAUCCAAAGUCUGGAAGCGGGGCGAUUCCCACCUGGAGCAAGAGGAAGGGCAGCAGUUACCGAGAGAAGAGCCGGAGUCGGCCUGAGAUGGGUAGGAAGAGGCAGAACGACUCCACAGAGCACUGCAGUCGUCUGCUGGGCAACUGCAGCCAGAUGGGAAGUGGUUUAUACAGAGCUCCUAGCCUCAGGGAGGAGCUGAACGUGGUGAGCAGUGCUGGUGGUAAGGAGGGGUUUGAUCUGUACAGCCGUGCCAGGCAAGGCAGCUUACGGAAGAACCACCUGAGGGCAGUGGGCUCAGGGCUGGCAGAACCUGCUGGGAUGGCCACGCACUGCUCCAGCCCCAGGAGCCUGGAGAUAGACAUUGAGUAUGACUCUGAAGAUGAUCAGGAUUCGACCUGUGCAUCCCCCCCUGAGAGCAGGAGGUGGCCAGAAAGGUCCCAGAGCUGCCAGGGGGGCUGGAGUGAUUGCUCCAGUCAAUCUGAGGUUGCCCACACGGAUGGCAGAAGGGACCUGACCAGGCUGGAGGUGAUGGAAGAGCAGAGCAUGGAGUGGGCUGGGUCUCCGCGCCAGCGCCUGCGAUACUUCUGCCGGGAGAAGGAAGCGCAGAGAUGUGAGAGCAGCUCUGAGGAGCAGGGCUGGGAGCUGGACUGUAAGUCACCUGGCUGGAGAAGGAGGCUCCAACAUCCUUCGAAGGGGAUACGUAGCACCUCCUUGCACAAAAGGGCAUCUGGUAAUAAAGAUCCUAGGGGAGAAACAAAGAUCCAGGAGCUGCCUGGCACAGCUGCCUGGCAGGCUCCCAGCCGAAGAGCGAACAAGAGCAUAAGGAGAAGCCAAAUGCAGAAACCUUUGCUCUCCAGUCCAGGUCCUCCAAGGAGCACUGCUUCAGAAACCUGUGUCAAAGAUGAUGGUGUUAGAAUAUUUGUGGCUCUCUUUGACUAUGAUCCUGUUUCCAUGUCUCCUAACUCUGAUGCAGCAGAAGAAGAGCUUCCAUUUAAGGAAGGACAAAUCCUGAAAGUUUGUGGAGACAAGGAUGCUGAUGGCUUUUACAGGGGGGAAUGUGCAGGGAGGGAGGGAUACAUUCCCUGCAACAUGGUGUCAGAAGUCCAAGUGGAAAAUAAUGAAAUCAAGAAGCAGCUCCUGAAGCAGGGGUUCCUGCCUGCUGACACCCCAAUGGAGAGCAUAGGAAAUGGCACAUUUUCUCCACCUCCACGCCGCCAAACUGUUCCUCCUCCAAAACCCAGACGCUCCAAGAAAGCAGGGUUGGAUAAGCAGGAGAAGUAUAAGCCUCCUCCAGGACAGAAGCAUAAAGAUUUUGAAGCUGAACUGCUGACUCCUCGAAGUAUGGUGGCUGUCUUUGACUAUAACCCUAAGGAGAGCUCUCCAAAUGCAGAUGUUGAGGCUGAGCUGACUUUCAAUGCUGGGGACAUCAUCACAGUGUUUGGAUCCAUGGAUGAUGAUGGCUUCUACUAUGGAGAGCUGAACCAACAGAGGGGGCUUGUCCCAUCUAACUUCUUGGAAGCUGUACCUGCAGGUGGAGGCAUGGUCCAGGAACAUCAUGCAAAAGAGAAGGAAGCUUUCCCCCUGAGUGCUGAGAGCCAGCUCACUCCAGAUGUGGCUGUUGAUCAUCAGAGUGACUCCUCACCAACUCCUCCUACUCCACCACCUUCCUGCCUUCUCAUGGGUGAGCAGUGUCCAGAGCAGGCAUCACUGGCUCUUCUCAAGUGCAGCUCUGGGCAGAGCAAAAGGAAGAGAGGCUUCUUCUUCAAGGGCAAAAAGCUCUUCAAAAAACUUGGGUCCACUAAGAAAACUUAA